CAAUACGCAUACAUACACUUUGAUGCUAGUAUAUGUAAGGAUAUACGUACAUACAUUUAUGUUUUAUGUGAAAAAAGGAAAGAAAGUAAAAAUAUAUAAGGAGAACAACGGUUGUAAGUUUUACCUACUAAACUUUUUUUUUUCUGAUAAAAAUUCAUCCACAUAUAGAAAUGUGUACAAUUAUGUGAAUACAUAGCUAAAUACGUACACACACAUAUAUUAAUAUAUAUAUGUAUGUAAAUGUAUAUGAACAUAUAAACACGGAAAUCUAUAUACAUCUACAGACAGGCACACACAAAAAAACAAAAACAAAAAAAAACAGACAUAUAUGAUAUAUAUUAUUGCGUGUAUACAAUCAUAUCCAUAUAACAACACAGAUGCGCAUACAUAUAAAUACAUGAAUACAGUACUUUCAUAACGGCUAUUUUUGUGUAUAUACUAACAACUGCAUAACUUUAGUAUUUACAAAAUUACACAUGCACAUUGAGAUAUUUACAUAUACAUAUAACAUACUCGGCAUGUGAAUGUUUAUAUAGUGCAUGGAGGAAAUUUUCACACUGUUGCCUGUAGAGUAGUUUCACAUUGUUUCAUAGUUCCUGCUGGCUGUUAACAAAAUUGCUAGGGGUACUGCAGUCUGCAAAGUGGUUUCACGAUACCACUAGUCUCUCUCCACACAUUCAUUUGUACACGUCGGUAGAUACAAAUCAGAAUGAUGUAUACAUAUAUAUAUCCAGGACAAAUUUAGUGCCAUAUUCACAGCGUGAUGAAUAGGUUAACUACAUAAAUAUAAAUUCACAAAGCUAUAUAGGCACACAGGCACGCGCGCGCGCGCGCACACACACACACAUACACACACACAUACACACACACACAAGCUAUUUACUCACAAACGCGCUUACAGAUAUUCGCCAAUUACGUACACACUGAAAAGUGCAUAUAAACACACACAUGUAUUAAACCAUAUGUAGCUGCUGAUGCGACAGAGAUAGAAAGAAAAGAGCGAGGGGGAGAAAGAGAGAAAACUAAAGGAAGAGAGAGGGAUGUAAAAAGACAACGGCAGAGAAGAAGAAAAAAAAAAGAAGGAAAGAAGCAAACUUCUGUAAAUUUGACUGUUAAGAAUGAAUGUUACAGUUUUGGUGUAGGAAUCUUAGCCGCUAUGCCAAUAAGCGGAAUGUCCCUGGGAUAUAGGCAGAAGUUCAUGCAUGUAUAUAUUUAUAUCUAUAUAUGAUUACACACACAGCCACAGUCAGGCGGGCACGUGCGCAUACACAUACGCGCUUACACAAUCAUAUAGAGUCCUGUUGUGUACUCACACUUCGCAAACCGUUUCUAAUUCCCGGCGGAAAAACUCAAAUAUGUAUGGAAAUUUCUUAUUUCAAGCUAUGUGCUUGCUAAGCGUUGUGGAUUUACUAUCGGGAAAAACAUCGCUUUGGUCUGACUGGUGGACAUAUGAAGGUAUUUCAGGGCCGAGCUAUUGGGGUCUUUUAAACCUGGAAUGGAGUUUAUGUAACAAAGGAAGAAAUCAGUCACCAAUUAAUAUUGAUCCUGGUACGUUGCUCUAUGAUCCACAACUAGAAAAUUUGAAGAUUGACGGCAACAUGGUCGUCGGCUCACUUGUUAAUAACGGCCAUGAUCUGACAUUUGAAGUAGACCAAACCAGUCAAUGGGGAGUCAAUAUUAGUAUGGGUCCGUUAUCAUAUACUUAUCGCGCAGCGAAUCUAAAAGUCCAUUUUGGAAGUAAAGAUGAACGAGGUUCGGAACAUACUAUAGCAGACAGAGCAUUUGUUGCAGAGAUACAUAUAUUCUUUUAUAAUGCCGAGCUCUAUCCAAAUUUCUCAGACAGUAUACGUGCACCUCAUGGAAUAGCUGCGCUUUCACUCCUGGUAAAGGUUGGCGAAACGAGAAAUCUUGCAUUCGAGCCAAUAACGCACACAAUUAAAAAGGUCACAGUAAAAGGACAUGAAUCCAAACUACGUAACUUUUACCUUGGUAAAUUAAUACCACAGACAGAUCAUUAUAUUACCUACGAAGGUUCAUUUACUCAACCAGGUUGCUUUGAAACGGUGACGUGGAUUGUAUUUAACAAACCUGUAUACAUAAGCAGAGAUCAGAUUGAUGCAUUACGAAAAUUAAAACAAGGAGGAAAGGAAAAUCUUCAGAUGUCAAUGUCUGAUAACAUUAGACCGACAAUGUCGACAAAUCAGCGUCCAGUACGAACAAAUAUAAACUUCCGUUCAGACUGUUCCAUGAAACACGAUAUGUUCUAUGAAGUAAAUAAACUUUAUACAGAUUAGGAAGCAAGCUUCGCCGUAUGAGGAAAAACUGGGUGUGGGAAGAAUUUGCCACGCCCUCCAUCCCACAAAUGCAGAGGCAUCAUGGUCAGCUUCCAGCAGAAUCUUGAUGGAAAAAAGGCAGUGCUUUGAGGAAAAUAUCAACCGAAAUGGCUGCUACUUUAAGAAAUAUGAACAACAACAACAAGAACCAAAGUAUAGCAACAACAAAACUUAUAACAAACACAACAUGAAAAAUAAUAACAGAACAGGACAACAAGUGUGACGUGCGCAAGCAAGCACUGUAUAAAACAAAAGAAAUUUACUGGAUACUAUUUCUAUUAAUACUAUGUUUAAUAAUGCUUCAUAACAAACGGUGUUAUGUAUGCAACCAGAGGCAUGCAUAAAAGGUGUUGGAAUUGCAUAAAUAUGAGGAAAAAAUAUUGACAGAGAUUUACGCAUCCAUUCACACACACUCACACUCAAAAACGUACAUAUUAACACGCUAACACAUACUAACAUAACAUCCAUGCAUACAUUUUUAUUACGUGCUUUAUACUUAUACAUCCUCACAUCUGAAAAACAAAUAUCAAUGUGCACGUAUACACGCACACAUACGAACACACACACACACACACACAUGCAUGUAUAUACAAUAUACAUCGAUUCUUGUAGACGCACACGAACACACAUACACACACACACAUAUAUGUAUGCGUUUAUGCAUGUGUGUAUGUAUAUACAUCCCCCACAAACUAUUUUGUAAAAAAACGACUGAAAAUUUGAACAGGA